UUUAUGGAGAAGGAAGAAGUUGGAGCAAAAUCGCAAUUACGUCCGCACACGAACGUGGAGGAGGAAACGUCUUUUCUCCUGCUAUCACAAGGAGGCUAAGUCGCCGGCCGGGAGACUUUCAACGCCACCGCUUGAUCGGGAUUUUAAAGUACGGAAUCAAAUAGCCUCAACACAACCAAACCACAUUCAUUCCGGCAGAAAAUUGGCUAGGCCAAUAGCUUGCGUGCAAGGUGCUCGACGAAAGUCCUGAAUGAGGAAAACCUCGUCGUGUAACGUGUAUCGGGCGUAGAAAUCAUUUCGAUAAUGUCCUCUCUACUUCUAAAUACUUCAAAUUUAAAAAAAGUUCAUGGUGGAAUGGCUUUUCAAAAUGUUUCUGGUUUGCUACUGAAGACUUCUAUGCCAUUCGGGUUGCAGUCAAAACCAUUUGACUUUCGCAGCUUGAAAACUAAACAUUGCGAUGUGAAGCCGUUGACGAUCCAAGCAAGAGGAAACUCUAAAACAGAAAGUGCAAAAGUUAGAAAUAGGAGGAUGCAGAAAAAGUAUAAUGGCACUCCUACAAGACCAAGGCUUUCAGUGUUUUGUUCCGAUAAACAGUUGUAUGCAAUGUUGGUUGACGAUCAGAAUAAGAAGUGUUUGUUUUAUGGAAGCACCUUACAAAAAUCCAUGCGUCCAACUCCCUCAUGCACCACCAUCGAAGCUGCUCAACAUGUUGGUGAAGAACUUGUCAAAGUAUGCAUGGAUUUGAAUAUACACGAAAUAUCAUUGUACGAUCGAAAUGGGUUUGCUUGCGGAGAGAAGAUGCAAGCCUUCGAAAUUGCAAUUUCGCGCUACGGGUUCUUACAAUAGUAGAUAUACCAAAAAAAAAAAAAAGAAUAGUCAAGUUGUAAAUGUAAAUGUGGAGAAUAGGUUGGUUAGGGCAAUAGAAAUCCGAGAUAAUCACUAGAAAUGUAUCAUCAAUCAAACUUAAUUUAACACAAAUCAUUUUGAGCA